CAAUGUUAUUGGUGUAACCAACACAAAGCGUACCCUCCAUUUUGUCGGUGGCCAGCCAUUCCUGAAGCAGUCAUGUCGUCGCUGCGGAACGUGGUAAAGCGGCGCGAGCACAAGGAGCGUGGACAGCUACGCGAGCGACGGAAGCUCGGCCUUCUGGAGAAGCACAAGGACUAUGUGAAGCGUGCUCGGGACUACAACAGUAAGCAGCAGAGGCUCAAGACGCUGCAACUCAAGGCUGCACUGCGUAACCCGGAUGAAUUUUACCACCGCAUGCGCGAGACCAAAACGGAGGGCGGAGUGCACGUGUCCACGCAUAACCACCUUAAACCUGUAGAGACGGAGGCGCUUCGUACCCUCAAGACGCAGGACUUGGCAUAUCUGCACAUGAAGCGCGCUGUGGAUCUGCGCAAAGCCGAGAGACUUAACCGCGGUCUACACUUUGUGGACACACCCAAGAACAACAACCACACGGUCUUCGUGGACGAUGAAGAGCAGGUGGACAGCUUUGAUGUAGCCGAACACUUCGACACGGCCCCGGAACUCGCGGACAGGGCGUUCAACCGUAUUCGCAAGCGCGACCUGGAGACAGCGGAACUGCCCGAUUUGGCGGCGAAUCCCAAGCAGAAAUACAAAAUGCAGGUGGAGAAGGACGCCAUGUACAGGGAACUAAGAGACAGACUGGCGCGUGCUAAGAAACUUGGACAGAUGAGCGCCAAACUGGACUUGGAACGCAAGGUGCAGGCCAAGGGCAGGAAGAAGAAGGUCAAGGCAGCGGAGAACGGUAUGCCUGCUGUGUAUCGCUGGAAGCAGCAGCGACAGAAGUAGAGCAAGUGAACUGAACAGGAGUCUAUUGAUUCAUACAUGCAUUUUAGUUGGAUGGUUACGCUGCUGAGGAGAGGUUCUGUUUAGGUCGACGGGGAGUACGGAGGUGGUGGCCAUACGCUUUACGGAUCUGCAGGAGAAGGUGCAGAAUAACGUCGCGGUUGCCGACAUAGAUGGCACUAGCACGACGUAGCAGAUGCAGCGGCAUAGUCUAGGCAUAGGAGAUUAGCGAGCAAGGCAGAGUGAGGGCUGGAUGAAGACGCACCUUCUUCUGCCGGAGGAUGUUCAACGCCUUGGUGAUGUUGUGCAGUGCGCUGGCUUUGCUUAACGGUUGGUUACUGGUUGGACGUGUGAUACCUGGGAUACUGCGCAUGAACUCCACCUUCUCGACGAUACUACAGAGCAACACACCUGACUGGAAUUCCAUCAAUUUAGCAUUGGAGUCCUGUCAUGCAGCAUGGAAAACGUAAGAGUGUCGAGUGAUCAUCAUUGAUUCACAAUUGUGGUGUCGUACGUGAAAAGCCGAAAUGCUUUUGAGGCGGAUUCCCAAACGCUUCAACCACGUGAGGAUUUCCUCAACGUGUCCUGGGGAUAAAUUGAUGCUCAGUUGUGUUUGAACUGGUGGUUUGACUGGAGAAGGAGCUUCUACAGCGCCAUUCUUGUUUUGCUCCACUAGCUCUAUUGAGUCGGUACAAGCAGCUAUCGGGGUUACUACUGCAGCUGUUUGUGAUGGUUGAACAGAAUGUCCAGACACUUCUCUUGUCUUGGGGAUCGAACUUUGAAUAGAGUCACUCAAGCUUUCAACGGAUUCUCUUCUCUGUGGGUGAGUAGGAAAGAGAUCAUCUCCAACGUGAUGCUUAUCAUGGAUCUUCGCUGGAACUAUAUCGACGUCAUCAUUGUAAACUGGACUGGAGAAUGGUGCUUUAGGAACUGGAAAAACAUCAUCGUCAACGUCCUCGGUUACCGGUAGAUCAUGUUCGCUCCAUGCAAGACGACGUGCAAAGCUGUCGUGAAGUUUGACUUGGUGAGAUGUUACUGCGCCAUCUUUUAUCACUAGUUUCCCUUGAGCAGCUAGAGCAAUGGCUGGGAUGUCGAGAACUAGUGGAGAAGGCUGCACGCGCGCUGAUCGUUUCCCACCAAAGUUGACUUCUUCCGCUUUUCUCGUUUCAUGAAUACUUAUCGAGGAGGAUUGAGUACCCUCUUUAGCCUUUUCCAUCGUAAAAGUUUCUUGACUAGCUUGCCGGAGAUACCACAAAAUCCCAUACGCAAUUUGUCGGUCUCCGAUGAGUACAGAUUGUUCUGCAG